AUGGGAUUAGAGCUGAUGAAUAACAAGAAGUUACUUACUGCCUGCGCUUCAAUAGUGCAAGUUGUUUCUGAGUACUACGAUCGGGCCCAAAAAGGUGAGGUGGCGGGGUAUUGCCGGACUAUUCCUCGUGAAUUAGGCAAAUUAUCUGAGAAGGACAAGUCGGUAGUUGAUAAUGACGUGCCCAGAACCCAUCUAUACUUAAGCCAAGACCACGAUAUUAACAGUAGUGAGGCGGAGUAUAAGAAAAUGGAAGUAACAACUCGGUUGACUAAACUUGGGGCUAUCCUGGAAAGCAAUGGGUUUUAUAGGCAAGGCAUGCUUGAUGCUUGUUUGCCUAUAGUCUAUGCCUUUUGGCAGCAAAAGAAGAGUGAGGAAGAGACAAUUGAUAAGUGCUUAGCAGUGAUUGAAGGGUUUAUUUGGCCACUAGCUAAAAACGAGUUAGCCUUGUAUGUUAAGUAUGAGUCUAUUAUGAAACAGCUACCUGGGUAUCGACCGGUAUCUCCGGAUAUUCCAAAAGCCGACUGGAUGGAGUAUCCUAUUGAAGCAUGGGCUAUUCUGCCUUGGUUUACAACUAUAUUUGACCUGUGCUCCUUAGCGCAAGUUUAUGGCUUUUUACUGAAGAGUCCUUUGCGUAUGUCUUUCUUGCUCUUCUUAGCUUUACAGCCACUGGCCCGGGAACGGAAAAGCAACUACAAAGGAGCACCUUUAGCCGAGAGUCAGAUGGAAGGGUAUUUAGAUAGUGCAUCCAAAUUAGAUCAAAAGUUUGGCCAUGAGUUUACGGCUAAGUCUUUAUUCAAAGAGCCAAUGGUGAUGAUAGGCAUGGGCGUAGCAGUAGUAGCUUUAGGAGUAGCCGGGGCCUUUGCGAUGUACGACUACAAGAACCGCAAGCCCUAG